AUGUUUCAUCGCGGGAGCUUUGCAAUAGUGUCUCGUGCUCGUUUGAGCUGGCUGCCACCUUUGAUCAUCGGACUUUUUGUCUCAGAGCUGCUGCGAUGGUGGUCCCGCAGACGGAAAGAGAGGUCUUCGGCUCCAGCUCCGAGCAUUGCCAAAGAGAUCCCGGCUACCGCUCGAAAGCCCCCGCGACGGCCAGGCGUAGAUGAUGACGUACGCUUUCAGAAACUGCAAGACGAUCCACGCUAUUUCCCUGGCGCACAGCUUGGAAAGGCUCAGCGAGCUGCUUUGGGAGAAGUGAUGCAGUUCGAGGGGCCCAACACCGCGUCAUAUAGCCCUUCCUCCACAUUGGUGGAGCCAAGCAUUCGCUUCAUUGUUGCUGGAUCUGGCAGCAAGUGCUUUACUGGAGCUGCUGGCCCUGACGAUAUCAUUGCUGUACCAGACUUUUUCUGUGCCGCCACGCAGAUGGAUCUCUAUGACAGCAUGUUGGCAGAGCUGCGCGAGAUGGUUGAGGGAGAUGGAGAUGGCAGUGAAUUCCCCCACUACCACGAGAUCAUGGCUCAAAUCAAGGAGUUCUUUGCCGUGGGGAAAUGCAGCACCUGCAUCACUUGGCAUGAAACUCUGGGCAACCCGAGCCUGAGCGCAAAGUCAGACAACUUUGACGAAGUGAUGACCUCCGGGGACUUUGAGUGUGCUGUGCACUUUGUCCUUGGCGGCAGCUAUGAGCUGCAACUUCACCGCCCCGGACCCGUGCGCGAUGGGUUUCUUGCAGUGCCAUGUGUGAACGGCUCUUUGUGUCUGCUGGGUUCUGCAACUCUCGCGAGAUACUGCUGCCGCCGUAUUGUUACUGAAGACCAGCCCCGGCCUGCACUUUCGAUCAUCAUGCUCACAAGUUCCGCCGCAUUGCGGAGGAGCCGGGCAGCUAUUUUGAAGCCGCGGGAGAUUUCUCCACUUCUUGAAGAAUGGGAUUCGGUGAUGCGCCCGGCCAUGCGCAUUCGUGCUCUCCGACCAAAUGCGGAACUGGGGCGGAUCAGUCAUGAUGAUGUGAUCGUCAUUCCUGAGUUUGCAUGCAAAAUGGGAGAUUGGGAUGCAUACUACGCUCUUCUGCGAGAGAUUCGGGCAGGACAGCAGAGUGAUGGCGUGGAGUCAAAGUGGGAGUCCUGGCAUGAAGGCGCCCACCUCCUCACACAGACCCCCAACAACUCCGAGACUUUUCAGGAGAUCCUGGGCCAGCUUUGCCAUCGUUUUGCUAUUCGUCAAAAUGGAUAUAUUGGCACCCGCUUCAACUGGUACCGAGACAGCUCUGACUGGAAGCCGUUCCACCAUGACUCAGCGGCCUUCAAUCGUGAAAGAGCCUUGAAGCAAAAUUGUACUGUUGGUGUGUCCUUCGGGGCUUCCAGGGAGCUUGCCUUUCAGCAUGCGAAGUCCAGGGAUUUGCUCUACUUUCCCCAGACCAAUGGGAUGCUAUUUUUCUUCGGGCGCGAUGUCAACAUCCGCUGGAGGCAUGGGAUUAACGCGCUCCCUCCGGAACAGCAGUCGAGCAAAGGGCGAAUCUCCAUCAUCUCGUGGGGCCUAUGCGAGCUGGCCUUUGAAGAGCCAUGUGCGCCACCAAUGUUAGACGAUCUCUAUGCAGACAGAAAGGGAAAGGGCAAAAGCAAAGGCAAGGGCACAAAGGAGUGGAGUUUGUUUGAAGGCAAAGGCAAAAGCAAAGGAAAGGGAGGAGAGAUGAGGGAGGUUUGCAGGAUGUUCCAACGGGGUCAGUGCUCAAGAGGAGAUUCGUGCAAAUAUUCUCACGUACUCCGCACAGCUUAG